UUCCCUGAAAUGAAUAUUCACGACAGUCCUAUUUUUCAACUUGUUGGUGACUACUGUCCCGAGAAGAAAGAGCGCAACUUUUUGUAUCACUGCAGUUCUUGCUAGUAGCUGUCAAUAACUCAUUGGUCAGCAGUGAUUUUGACAUCAAGACUGAUCUAACCAAUUCCAACAGAAGAAGUACUUUUCUGACGUGAGACUAAGGAUGAUUUCGCUGAUCACUGUUCUACUUUCCAUUGAUGCUGCAGCAACUGUCAGUAUUCACAAUAUAGCAAGUCAAUUGAACGAGAAACAAGUGCCAAGUCGUCGUCCCCAAUUACCCGACAACAAAGCUCAAGUGAAGUUGCGUCCUCGUGCUUCUCCUUUCCGUGAGAAAUACAGCUUAAUGAAACCUUAUGCCUCUCCUGUCCUUCCACCUCAAAACAAGGCAUUAGGGUCUUACUCCUAUCCCACAGCUCUUUCCCACCGCCUUCACCCUUUUUAUUCUCAGAACAAGCCAACCCUCAAUGGAGAUUUUGCCCAUCCUCUGUUCGUACCAUCAACUCAAAAUCAUCCAAUGAUCAGCAAUCUACUCCCACCAGACACCAAUCCACACCAGAUCCCUUACUCUUUUCCUUUCCCUGCUUUCAUUCCCAAGAACCACAAAAAGGCAUCUUAUCUUUUUCCUGAAGUGGAACUUUAUCCCCCUUCAGAACACAAAUCGGAAACGGAAUUCUCUCAUUCUUCAGAUCAUGUGACAGAAAUGGAUGUUUAUCCUUCUCUAGAGGACGAGAUAGAGAAAGAAUUUGAUUGUUCCGCAGGGGAUGAAACAGAAAAAGCGAAUUCUUCAGAGAACAAGACACCAAAGAAGUCUUCACAUGAUGCCCAGAUCUUCCAAACACCUUGUUUAGUAGGGUGGGUUUAUAACCGUGACUUAUCUACCUGUUACAGAUACUACCAUACCAAAAAGAACUGGAUUCAAGCUGAGAUAUAUUGUCAAAAGUAUGCACCGGGUGGUCACCUUGCCUCCAUACACUGGGAAGAACACAAUCAGUUCAUCCAAGAUUUGAUAAAACGUAACAACCCAGCACAGACCAGCACUUGGAUUGGUCUAAGCGAUUGCCACAAGGAGGGUGUUUAUCUCUGGACUGAUGGAUCGGCAACUGAUUUCACAAAGUGGAAGCAUGACCAACCUGAGGGUAAAGAAGAGAGGGAAAACUGUGUAAUCACUAAUUCUGAAGGCAUUGGAGGCACAUGGGAUGACAGAGUCUGUUCAGAUGAACUCCCAUUUGUUUGUGGCUACAAAUUCCUUUGAAGUCAAAAUACUCAGUGCAUCAUGAAUCAGACUGAUUUACCGCAAUGCUCAUAACGUAAUUUGUAGCAAUUAGAAUUCACUUUC